CCGGACUUGAUGCAUUUGUGAUGCAUGAUUUACACUCAAACUCACGUGAUCUCGAUCACAGGUCUAUAUAGAUUUGAGACCAAAUGCGAUUACCAUUUAACUUUAAGAGGCGCCAUUGAAGGGAAUUGAGCAGCCCUAAAUUUUAACGUGUAACUGCACAUAUAUGGCGUUCGCCCAUCUUAUUACUUUCUCAGACAUAUCAUGUCGUCCCCAGGCCCUACCCUUCAACAGACGGAAGUCGCGGACAUAACCCUCACGGUUGUGGCUGUCCUUGUCACAUCCUUCCGCUUGUGUAUUCGUGUGCGGCAGAAGCGUCUGGGGAUCGACGAUGCAUGGGCGGCCCUCGCCAUGAUAUUCGACUUUCUACUAUUAAUCUCCGAUUGCUUAUAUCUCCAAGAUUACGGAUCGCACAAUUCUUUUAUGCAAGUUGUAUGGUCAUCGAAGUUAUCCAUGUUGUUUACCAUUGUGCGACUCACAAUCCCGGGAAUCUUUAGGAAAUUUCUUAUGUGCGCUGUCGGUACCUUCGGCGCUAUAUGGGCUCUCCUUUUUGCACAACUGUGGUGGAUUUGUGAAACUCAGCCCAACUGGAAAUCACAAUCACAUCCGCAGUGCGAUCUCGGCAGACGUGUUGCAAUCACGCAGAUGAUCACCGACGUUCUUGCGGACUGUUUUCUCAUCGUUGCUCCAUUUUUCCUCAUUUACAAAGUCAGAUUGUCAAAGACGCAAAAAGUCCGGAUACUAUCUGUCUUCUCUACGUCAGCAAUCACCACAAUCGUCAGUCUUACCCAUGCAUAUUACAUCUUCGCUGGUGGAGGACUUAAGGAGGUUAUGGCUGCUAUAGUUGAGGCUUCCGUGUCUCUAAUCGUUGCGAACUUGAGCGUGGUCGUCGCGUUCAUCUUCCGUAUAAGUUUAGAUGAGGAUUCACCAUCCAAUCCGACGCCCAUCAUAACUUUUGGCGGACAGCAUAGGACACGCAUGGCUGCAACUCGCAUAGCUGUUGAAACCACCACGAUCGUACUGGAAGAUCUCUCCAACUCUCGUCUCCGUUCCAUGAAAACAAGCGAUGACGACGACGUUACUUUACACAACAACAGGGAGCCAAAGCAGACGAAGGAAUGGUGUUAG